CCCCAAACAGACUGUCAGGCCUGGACUCUCCAGGAGGAAUAACGCUCUUUGUCCGGCUUUUAUUCUCUGAGGAAAUCAAUAAGAACCAGGAUGCUGUUGGUAUGAUGAUGCCCACCCAGCCUUGACAAUGUACGAGGUGAUGUCAGGGGAUACCCUGGCCUGGAAGGGGCCCAGUCCGAGACAAAGUGAAGCAGAGCCCAGCCCAGAAUCGCUCUUCACUGGGGAUGGAGGGCCCAUCAAAAUACUCAAAGUGUGUUUCUGCACCAACAAUAACCUGGGCAAGAAUUUCAAGCUUGUGAAAUGUGACAGCUCCUGGCAAAUCAGGGCUAUUAUUCGAUCGAUUCUGAUCAGCGGUCGAUUGGGGCCGAACAUCGAACACGCAGGAUGCUACGGUCUCCUGCUGAAACACCUGAAGUCAGAAGAGCUUCACUGGCUGCAUCCAGAUCUGACUGUAGGCGAGGUGGAGCAACGCUACGAGAGCCAUCAUGUAGAAGCUGAGUGGAGGUAUGACCUUCGUAUCAGAUACAUUCCUGUCAAUUUCUUGGAAAAAUUCAAAGACGACAGAUCUACGUUUGUAUAUUUGUACCAACAGGUGCGCAGUGAUUACAUGCAGUAUCAUGCUAGUAAGGUCAGUGAUGGGAUGGCGCUGCAGCUCGGCUGUUUGGAAAUCAGGAGGUUCUAUAAAGACAUGAAUUCAAAAGGUCUAGAAAAGAAGUCCAACUUUGAGCUGCUAGAAAAAGAAGUGGGCCUGGACCUUUUCUUUCCUCCAGAGCUGAUCAACAGCAUGAAGUCAAGGCAGCUUCGGAAGUUGAUCCAGCAAACGUUUCAACAGUACGCGACGCUCAAAGAGGACGACUGUAUGGUGAAGUUUUUCGAGACCCUCCGAGAGUUCAUCAGAUAUGAUGAAGAGGCCUUCCCGUGUGAACUAGUGCAAGGUUGGAGUCUGUCAGUGGAGCUGGUCAUCGGUGGGAGGGGAAUCCGCCAACGCACACAGAAGGAUUCAGCGGCUGUUUUUCUGGCCGACUUCAAACAGAUCAAGAGAAUACAAUGCCUAUCUCAGAGUGACGGCAAAGCUCUCAUAAACUUUGACAUAGAGGGGGCCAGACAACGCCUGUCGAUCAAUGUGGCCACUGUCCCUGUGGCAGAGAACAUGAUGGACCUUAUUGAUGGCUACUGCCGCUUGGAAAAUGACACAGAUGAUACUGUAAUCUAUCGACUAAAUAAAGAUGCAAAUGCACGAACUUCCCUACCCGAGCUCCCCACAAGCAGCAGGGACACCAGCUCCAUCAGGCACAGUAUGGGCUCAGAUAUUUAUUGUGAAAUUCUCGAUGAAAGGCCAAGAUCAGUUGUUAAGUACGGGAUCGACCGAAGUGACAUUGUACUUGGACGAAUCCUGGGUGAGGGCUUUUUCGGGGAAGUCUACGAUGGAGUUUACAAAAAAGCUGAUGGCAAUAGAGUUAACGUAGCAGUGAAAACCUGCAAAGACUGCUCACCUGAUGUGAUGGAGAAGUUCAUGAGUGAAGCAGUUAUAAUGAAGAACCUGGAUCAUCAGCACAUUGUCAAACUGAUUGGGAUCAUUGAGGAGGAUCCUGUGUGGAUCGUCAUGGAGCUUUAUGAGCAUGGAGAGCUCGGUAACUACCUGAUUCAGAACCAGAAGACCCUGACAAACAUUACCCUGGUGCUGUUCAGCCUGCAGAUCUGCAAAGCUCUCGUCUUCCUGGAGGGAGUCAACAUGGUGCACAGAGACAUCGCGGUUCGGAACGUGUUAGUUGCCAGUCCAGACUGUGUGAAACUUGGAGACUUCGGUCUGUCCAGAUACAUCGAGGAUGAAGAAUACUACAAAGCGUCUGUUACUCGGUUGCCAAUUAAGUGGAUGGCUCCAGAGUCCAUCAACUUCAGACGUUUCACGUCAGCCAGUGAUGUGUGGAUGUUUGCCGUGUGUGUGUGGGAGAUAAUGAGUUGUGGGCAGCAGCCAUUUUUCUGGCUGGAGAACAGAGACGUCAUUAACCAGCUGGAGCAGGGAAUCAGGCUGCCCAAGCCGGACAACUGCCCUCCUGCCCUGUACUCGCUCAUGACCCGCUGCUGGUCCUACGACCCUCGAGAGAGACCCAACUUCACCGAGCUGGUGGUCAAGAUCAGUGAUGUCCACAAGAUGGAGAAGGAGCAGGAGGUGGAAAGAGAGCGGGACAGGACGCGCUCUGUUAAAUAUCUUGAACCCAAGUUCAACUUCAACGAGCCUCCUCCGAAGCCCUCAAGAAUGAAACCAGGGAGGUUUGGGAACACGCUCAGUAUUGGUCUUCACAUUCAGCUGAAUGAAGCUUUAUGUGCCAGCUCACCUGACCUGGCCAGCCCAUGUGAAUAUCAGUCACCUGUGGACUCCAUGAACUCACUUACCCUGCCGGUCAGGUCCCCUCGCCCACGAAGCAUGGGGGAAGGCGGGUUUCUUCGACUGGAAGCGAACAGCCGGGAGGACGCCCAGCGCCUGUGGCAGCACGACAGGCAGAACAUGCAGAACACGCUCCGCCAGCAGAAAGUGCAGAUGAUGGAGGAUGAAAAAUGGCUGGAGAUGGAGGAGAGACUCCUGGACCCCAUGGGACCAGAGGACCCUGGCAGCCUAGUGUCUGCUGAAGCCGACGCAGAAAAUGGACCUCCAGAGAAGCCCCCACGGCUCACAGCACAGCCCGCACCCACAGCAGAGCUGGACCGCUCAGAUGACAAAGUGUACCAGUCCGUCAUGAACCUUGUCAAGGUCGUCGUCCAACUCAAGAAUGACAUCACCGAGCUUCAACCAGAGCGAUACAUCACAAUCGUCCAGUCUACGGGGAUGGCUUUACGAGAUCUGAUCCGCAGUGUGGAUGACAUACUGCCCUCCUUACACCAGUCUGUCAGGACCGAGAUCGAGGGCACCCAGAAGCUGCUGAACAACGACAUGGCAGAGCUGAUCAGCAAAAUGCGUCUGGCCCAGCAGAACGCCAUCACCUCUCUGAAGGAGGAGUGUAAGAAGCAGAUGCUGGCUGCAGCUCACACCCUGGCUAUGGACAGCAAGAACAUGUUGGACGCUGUGGACCAGGCCAGAGUCAAGGCCAACAUAGCCAAGCCUGUGAUCCUCUAGUGGACUGUAAACAAUCUUUUAUUUCAGGUAUUAGACUUUGUCCUCAUCUGUCGGUCAGAAAUGACACACAGUUAAAGUCGGGCAGCGGGCGUCAUCAUUUCUGUAAAUGAGUGUUGUUUAGUUUAAAUAUGAUGCUAAAACUCGGUGGAUAAAGUUGAUGUAUAUUCUUGCCAUGGUAGUAUGUAUACUGAAAUGAAUGGUUGUCUUAUCAGCAUCAUGUUUAGAAGGUCAGACUGACGCUUUGAUUUGUGAUCUGUGAGUAACUGAUUUAAUCCUCUGCUCAGAAACAAAAUUAUUCUUGUAGAUAUCAGAUUUUUUUCAUAUCAAGUUAAACAGAUUUUACCGUGGAGGAGAAAGUUAAAAGAUAUCCAAUAUAAUAUAAAACACAAGAACAUUAUUUACUCUUUCAACAGUAACAUGUGUAGAAUGUAAAGAUGAAAAAACCAAAAGGCAAACCAUACCUAUCGAGGUUUAGAGUUUAAAGUUAGGAGGAAAAGACUUAAAUUCAUAGAUUAUAGAUGAUCAGCUGUGUGUCAGGUACGUUGUUCAACUGAGAAGAGUUCAAGUUUUGGUUCGUUGCCAUAUUUGAAAAUAUAAAGCUCUAACAUAUAAAUCAUGAAAAGAAAUGUCAUGAUGUAUACUGCUAUACGUUAAUGUCCUUUCAUUGACCAAAUCUCUUGAACUUGUGCUUCUCUAUUUUAGGUUUUCCGUUACUUUCAAAGAAGUGAGGUUUUGGUUUAUUGCAGGUGAUGAACACAAAAUUGACACCUUUUAUAAUAUCAUGUAGUCCAAUGUAUUAAUGCCAGUGUUUCCAGCCUCAGAAAUAAUAACAAUCACUGUGUGAAAUAAACACAGUAAGUAUUUCUGCGUUUCCCUACAGAUAGUAAAUGUUAUGGUUCUUUAAUCUAUCAUACUGUGUCUGUGUUUUAUGAUUGUAUGAAUAUUUGAGGGAACAUUUGUAUUCUGGACUUCGUGAAGCUGUAUUCUGUUCCACCUUUUUAAAUCACUUAAUUCAUGCUAUAAAGAUGCGUUUUCAGAAGGGAAUUUAUUACAUCGUUUGAUCAUUCAAAAAUAAAUACAAUCAUGGCAUCAUG